CUUUUGUCAGUAGGGAACUUCCCAGUUGGUUCGCCUCUAACAGCUUAAUCCAAUCAGCAGUCUAGGAACGGCCUCUCGCUAACACCUGACCGGUAGAUACCGCAAAUGGGAAAACUCCUUCGACAACUCUACAGCGUCCAACGAUUGUUCCGGUAGUCCCAGGUUUUCGACGGUGUACACUUCGGACAGGUUGAAGCGCAUUUUGCUUCUGGGUUCCGAUAUUCUUAUCCGCACUAGCUCCUUGGUUGCCAAUUUUCUUAUUUAUGCCACUGGUCCAAUGGAUGCACAAAGAAUGCGGGCGCCCGUCUACUCCUAGUUUGUCUGCUGUGGUCUGUUCAACGAUUGUGACAGACGAUCCGUCGUCUAGGAAAGCGAACGUGUUCACUGAUCCAUUUUUCCCGUACAAAGUCACCGGAAGAAUCUUGAACAUCGUCGAGCAAGUUCAAACUGCGUCGUUGAAUAGGACUACUGUCUGUAGCACGAGGAAUCAAGCCAACAUUCUGGCGAAGCAGCUCAUGCUUCCUUGCCAAGUAUUCCUUUUCUCGUUCUAGCUUCUCGCUCAUUGCCUUCUCGACUAGCUACUUUUCCUGCAGCAGUCUUUCUUCUUCCAGCUUUUCUCGAAGAAGCCUUUCAUCUUUGAGCGGGCGAUCUGGGAUCUUCGUGAACUUGAAACGCUUGUCCGUCCUGUCGUAGAACUUCUAGGUGGGCCGGAAUUUUCGGUAAACACCUUGAACAGCCGAAAUCACUCGAUCACAAUACAGCUUCAUCCACAUUAGCGCACGUAAGGUGGUACCAACACUUACAGGUUCCGCAUUGGACCAUGUCUGUUCUACCACCCCGGGGGCAGCAAUAUUCGCAGAACUCACACAGAGCUAGAAAUCAGUUCUAGCCGCCUCUUGCGUUGCUCGGGUGUUGGACCGAGUUUGCCGAACGAAGGAUUUCUGCAUCUUGGUAACGAUUCUUUGAGAAUGUUACGGGGUUGAACUUUUCGGAGUUCCUUGUAGCGAAUACACCUUUGAUCCCGAUGUGAUAAGCUCAAAGCUGAAUGGAUAUUUAUUGAUUGGAUAUAGUGCAAUUGAUUUUUAUAAUGAUCUACUGACAAUCGGUUUCCUAAUAGUUAACAACGGGUUCAAAUAAUAAUUUAAAUUGUAGAUUUAAGCUCUAGCCUGUAAUUUAGUAUAUAAUUAGCAUAAUAAUUCAAGAAUUCUUAAUAUUAUAUUUACUUUACCAUAUUCACGUCUAUCCGUAGGAAAACAAUGAUUUGCAAUUUCAUCAGAGACUGUCUUCUACAUAUCGUAUUAUUCACAUAUUCACAAUCGAGUUGCCAACAAUUACGGGGGCGCAUCAAUGGACUCUCUUGUCGCAACAACAACACUUGACCUACCAAACAACUAUGCCGAAGACAUCAUUUUUUUAACUAAUCAGAAUCCAGAGAUAUAUACGAUAUAAAAUGUGUAUGUCACCUGGCAGUCGCAUUACUAAUGAACUUUGUCACUAUCAAGGGGCAUUUACAAAAACUUCACCGAAUACAAGAAAUCAAUCAGGAUUCUAAAAUAUCUCGUAACAAAAAAAAAUGGUGCGACUACCGCAACUUUGAUAAAUUUUGAUGAUAGCUUUAAAUUAUUUUACCAAAUUGAGGUCAUAGUGUGUAACUAUACAUGGAACACCUAGGAUUUUUGUUUUUGAUGAAUGUAAUAAUUGAUUGAAAUGCAAAAAAUGAUUCUACAUAAAACAAAAGUUGAAAAUGUUCAAAUUGUUUCAGCUCAAUUGAUUUCAGUAAUCAUUUCUUUUCAAUUUCAGUCUCAAAAUGGUAUACUCAAAGCAAGAUGAUAUACAUCCGGAAGCCAGUGAGACGUACGAAAGUAGCACCAAGUCUGGAAGUCAUGGCGAGCUGUAUCAAAAGCAGCUAGCUCAAAUUCUUUUACUUAGGCUGACACGAGAAGGAAAGAAAUUCCGAUUGGCUUACGAACUGACAAUCGCGGAUAAGUUUGACGAUGUUGCACUGCAUGAUAAGUCAGUCAAGCAAUGGACAUUAAUACAGUCAAAACAUGCCGAUGCCAAAGAUUCAAAGGUAGAUAUCAAUGGCUUGCUCCCGAAAACGAAUCGAGAGAAAGGAGAUUUCAGUUUGUACAAAUAUUUCCACUCCUACCUAAAAGUUCGAAGCAAAUUCAGAGCCAGAACAAACUUCGUGCUGUUCACCAACAAGAAACUAGAUGAAAAAUUAGAGACCGCAGAAAAUUGCUUGGCGAUCGAGGAUCGAGAUGUAGAUGAAUAUCUUCGAUUUACAUCUGAAGGAGCAACCCACAAAGUCCUAACACCGACUGACGCUACAAUUCAAUCAAUCGUGGAAUACGCCAACGAAGGUUUGUAUUCUCUGAAGGACGCUAUCAAGCAACUUUUUACUGAUGGAAUCAUAACAAACGAACUGCAAAAGUAUAAUGCCUAUUUAAAAGACAUUCUGUGGCAAUCGGAAAACCAUCAAAUAAGAUUCAAAGAAACCUUCAACGACUCAUUGAUUUUCAUUGCUAAAGUGUACAAAGUGCUUCAACCAGAGCUGCGCAAUUUAGACCCUAUUAAUAAACCACUGAAGUUCAACAUUGAGGUCGAAAAAUGUGAAUCUCCCACAUGCCUGAUAGUGGAAGGACAAUAUUUCGACAACCUGAUUACAGCCAUCAAAGAACUUUUCCAUAAAGGAGUUGCCUCCGAUGAUUUAAAAAAGUACAAGGAUAUACUAGAUUUGAUCUUUACAACGACUGCAAAUGGCCAACUAACAAUCAAAGAAACAUUCAAUGAUGAUGUAGUAUGUAAAGCUGAAUUGUAUAAAAUGUUGAAGGCUGAAUUGUGUGAUCUAAAUAAGGAGGUUACUACAAAACAGAAACUUUUCGACAUAAAGGCAUCGCGGACUAAACACCGUUCAGUAUUGUUCUACGCGGAGGCCUCUGAUGUGGAGCAAUUCUUUUCGCUUCUCACAUUAUCAGUGCAACAACCGGAUCGAUUGGAACCAUUCAUCGUCGAAGAGCUAUACUCGUGGAUGAGAAUGUGGCUGCGGCCGGACGUAUUAGGCAAGCUAACCGAAGAUGAUUAUAAAGACGCUGCGAAAGAUUUGGAUGAUUUUUUUGAUGCAACGCAAAAAUGCGAGCAAGGUAAUUCCAAAUACUAUUUGACUCAACGUGAUGUAUCGCGAUACUGCAACAAGUUACGGUCGAAAAUUGUAAAGUUACACCCAGAAUUAAAUGACAUGGAUCAGUUAUAUAUAAACAGGAUUCUUUCGUUUGAACGAGAGAACAUUGAUGCACCCGAACAUGUAAAAGAUGCUAAAUUUGAUGGGAACAAAAAAUCUGAGCCAGAUCCUAGUUGCAAAAGAGUGGAUUCAACUGCUUGUGAUACUUCGAACAACGAUCGUGAAAUGGAUAACAAAAUAUCUCUUCCUGACAGAACUUACGAGGAGGUGACCGAUACUCAGCUUGCCAGAAGUCUGAAGUUGAGGUUUGCACGUUAUCAGUGUUUGGUUUUGACGGCGGAUCCAGGGAUAGGUAAAACUAAGCUUCUCCAAUAUGUUGCCCUUGAACAUGAAAAAUGCAAAUCAGGAGCAGCUUUCUUAAUUUACUUGAACAGACUACAAGAUGUUGUAAACGUUUCAGGAAACAAAUCAUCAUUAGAUGUUCUCAAAUCUGUAUUAUCCCAAAAGAAUGUUGAACUUAUACAAAACGUUUUGGAAAAAAAGUCUAAUGAUUAUAUUACAAUAUUGUUUGACGGGUAUGAUGAAAUUCAUGAGAAAAAUAGAAGCAGAAUAAACCAUCUGUUCGAAUCAUUAUUGGAAUCAGAACACAUUCAACUUAUUGUAAGUGUACGAAAUCAUGAGAAAAAAACAUUGCAAAGCUUUUUCAAGAAGCGCAAGAUACAUGCCCUUUAUUUUUCUUUAGAGCCAUUCAACAGUAAAAAUAUCAUUGAAUACCUUGCAAAGUCCUGGAAUGAAAAUGCAGAAUGUAAUAUCGAUUCCAAAUUCGAUUCAUAUUCCCAGUUUUUGGUUAAGAAAUUUGAUAGCUUGUGCAGAGUUCCAUUGAUGGCUAAAAUGGUGUCAAAAAUAUACAAAGAGGGGUUUGAGAAAUUUAAAGAAACAAAAUUUAUCGACCACGAAGAUGAAAGAAGCUAUUUAGAAGAGAAGUUCUUAGAAGUUGAACACAUUUAUGAAUAUUUCAUAGAAAAAUGCUUACUAAUAAAGAUAAAUGAUGAAUGCGGUGGCAUUGGGAAGGUCAAUGCGAACAAACAAAUUGUUGAAGGGUUUUAUCUUGACCAUCAACUGCUAGCAAUAGAAUAUCUUGAUGUUGGUGACCUUAAACCUAUCCUAAAAAACCCAAAAUACAUGACAAAACUGAACGAUAUUAGAGAAAGACAUCGGAAGCAAAACGAAAAAUCCAUUCUAUUGAAAUUUGAGGAUGGUAAACUUUUGUUUUCACAUCAUUCUUAUGCUGAGUUUUUUGUUGCGGUGUUUCUGUGGGACGAUUUCGUUUAUUUGAAAAGCAUUAUUGAAAAUGUGUUGUCUGCAUUUGCGGGCAUAAGACGUUUUCUUAUCAAAAUAAUUGAAAAAAAUAUUAAAUGUUUCAUUCCAGCAAUCACCCGAAAAAAUUUUUUUGCAUCGAAAAAAGUUGCUUUCUGGGCUUGUGAAAGUAAUGCUGUAGAGCUAUUGAAAUAUGUGCGUUCAAAAAAAGCUCUGUCCAAAAAUAACAAGGCUGAAAUGCUUCACAUUGCUAUUAAAAACGGCAGUGAUAAAAUAUGCUCCUAUUUGAUCGAUAACUGUAAACUACAUCCCGAUGUUAAGUAUAAUGGUGGUUUACUUCCCUUGUAUUCGGCCAUAACAUACGGACACAGAAAUUUGGUACAGUUACUUAUAGAUAAAGGAGCGAACCUUCAUAUACGAAACACAGAGGGAUGGUCAGUUCUGCAUUAUGCUGUUCAGCACAACCAAAUUGCUAUUUCCUCAUUUUUGAUCGACAAAGACAUUGACGUGAACUCCAUAAGCAAUAAUAAAUGGAAUGCACUUCAUAUUUCCUGUAACAAUGGUGAUGCUGAUAUGACGCAAAUGUUAAUACGAAAAGGUGCACAGCUUGAUAAACAGACAAACGAAGACAAAACUGCUUUAGAUUUAGCUGCAGCUGGAGGACACACAGCUGUUGUAAACAUUUUAACUGACAAUUUGAUAAAAGAAGAACAUUUGAACGGUAUGAUCUGCAAAACAUUUCAAACUGCUGUUCAUUAUGGCCAUAAUUCUGUAAAGGAAAUGCUAAUCAAGAAAUAUCCAGAACUUGCCGAUCCAAAAUAUACCAAUGAUCCGUUAAUCCACCUUGCGGCUCAAAAAGGAAUGGUUAAGGAUGUGAAACAGUAUAUUGACCAUGGUGCCAAUGUAAAUGCAUUGGACAGGACAGAUAAAACAGCUCUGCACCUUAGUGCAUCUGCUGGUCAUAGCCUUGUUGUUGAAUUGUUGCUUAAUAGAGGUGCACGCUUGAACGCUAUUGAAAGGCAUAAAUGUACACCGCUUCAUUUAGCAUGUCAAAAUGGCCAUAAAGAGGUUGUUCAAAUUUUAAUCAAAAGCGGUGCUAACAUUGCAUCAUUGAAUAACGACAAGUGGACAGCUCUUCAUCUUAGUGCAUUCCAUGGUUACUGCGGUGUUGUGAAUUUAUUGCUCAAAAAAGGUGCAAACGUAAACGCUAUUGGUAAGCAUGGUAUGACACCAUUGUUUUCGGCAUGCCAGAAUGAUCACAAAGAUGUAGUGCAGAUUUUACUUCAAAAAGGUGCAAACAUUAACGCACUGAGCAGCAAUAAAUGGACUGCACUUCACAGAAGUGCUUCAGAAGGUCGCUACGAUAUUGUAAAACUGCUACUUAAAAAAGGUGCAAACAUUAACGCUGUUGACAUUGAUGAAUGGACGCCACUGCAUUGGGCUUGCCAGAAUGGUCAUAAAAAAGUUGUGGAGACAUUAAUUAAAAGAAAGGCUAACAUUGACGCGUUGACUGACAAAAAAAGUACAGCUCUUCAUAAAAGUGCUUCGGGAGGUUAUAGUGAUAUUGUAGAUUUACUACUUAAAAAACAUGUAAACGUCAACGACGCUGAUAAAGAAAAAUUGACAGCACUUCAUUGGGCAUGUCAAAAUGGUCACAAAGGAGUUGUGGAAACUUUGAUCAAAAGAGGUGCGCAUAUUCAUGCUGUGACUCGCAAUAGAAGAACUGCUCUUCAUGAAAGUGCAACCAAAGGUUACUGCGAUAUUGUAGUUUUACUACUUGAUGAAGGUGCAAACGUUAACGCUGUUGAUAUAGAUGAAUGGACGCCGCUUCAUUGGGCAUGCCAGAAUGGGCAUAAAGAGGUUGUGCAGACAUUGCUCAGCAGAGGUGCCAAAAUUGACGCAUUGACUCACAACAGAAGUACUGCUCUUCAUAAAAGUGCAUUCAAAGGUUAUUGCGAUAUUGUAGUUUUACUACUUGAUAAAGGGGCAAACGUUAACGCUGUUGAUAUCGAUAAAUGGACAUCGCUUCUUUGGGCAUGCCGGAAUGGCCAUGAAGAGGUUGUGAAGGCAUUGCUAAGUAGAAAUGUCAACAUGGGCGCAUUGAUUCUAAAUAAUUGGACAGCUCUCCAUGUAAGCGCUUCCGAAGGUUACUGCGUUAUUGUAGAUUUACUGCUAGCUAAAGAUGCAAAUAUUAACGCUGUUGAUAUAGGUAAAUGGACGCCGCUUCAUUGGGCAUGCCAGAAUGGGCAUAAAGAGGUUGUGCAGACAUUGCUCAGCAGAGGUGCUAACAUUGAAGUAUUGACUCACAAUAAUUUGACAGCUCUUCAUGUAGGCGCCUCUAAAGGUCACUGCAUUAUUGUAGAUUUACUACUUGCUAAAGGUGCAAAUAUUAACGCUGUCGAUAUAGAUAAAUGGACGCCGCUUCAUUGGGCAAGCCAGAAUGGGCAUAAAGAGGUUGUGCAGACAUUGCUCAGCAGAGGUGCUAACAUUGAAGUAUUGACUCACAAUAAUUCGACAGCUCUUCAUGUAGGCGCCUCUAAGGGUCACUGCAUUAUUGUAGAUUUACUACUUGCUAAAGGUGCAAAUAUUAACGCUGUCGAUAUAGGUAAAUUGACACCGCUUCAUUGGGCAUGCUAGCAUGGUCAUAAAGGGGUUGUCGAUUUAUUACUCAGAAGAGGUGCCAACAUUGACGCAUUGACGAAUGACAACUUGACAGCACUUCAUGUAAGCGCUUCCAAAGGUCACUGUGAUAUUGCUGAAUUAUUGCUUAAUAAUGGUGCUAACGUUAAUGCUGUCGAAAUUGAUAAAAGAACUUCUCUUCAUUUGGCAGGCAUGAAUGGACACAAAAAAGUAGUGCAGACUUUAAUCGAAAGAGGUGCCCAUAUUGAUGCAUUGACUAAAAAUAAAUGUACAGCUCUUCAUGUAAGUGCUUUGGAAGGUCACUGCGGAGUUGUAGAUAUACUACUUGAAAGCGGUGCGAAUGUUGACGCUGUCGAUAUAGAUACAUGUACACCGCUUUACUGGGCAUGUCGAAACGGUCACAGAGAUGUUGCGGACACUUUGAUAAGAAGAGGUGCUAACAUAAAUGCAUUAACUCAUAAUAAGCGGACAGCUCUUCACGUAAGUGCAUCUGAAGAACACUGUGAUAUUGUAGAUUUUCUAAUCGUUGAAAUUGCUAAAAUGAAAGCUGAAAAAGAAAGAGUCAAAUGUACGCCGCUUGGUUUGGCAAGUCAACAUGGACAUGAAGAUGUCGUGGAAACGUCAAUAAUAAGCAUCGCCAAGAAUAAUGCAUUGACUCAUAAUAAAUGGACAGCUCUUCAUGUAGGUGCUUUCGAAGGCCGCUGCGAUGUUGUGAAAUUUCAACUUGAUAAAGGCGCUAACGUAAACGCUGUCGAUAUGGACAACUGGACACCGCUUCAUAUGGCAAGCCAAAAUGGUCACGAACACGUAGUGAAGACCUUGAUGAGAAAAGGUGCCGAUAUUAACGCAUUGACAAAAAAUGCAUGGACAGCGGUUCAUGUUAGUGCUUUCAACGGUCACAGUGUUAUUGUGAAUUUACUGCUUGACAAAGGCGCUAACAUAAACGCUGUUGAAAUUGAUAACUGGGCAACGCCGCUUCAUUUGGCUUGCCGAAACGGUCACAGAAAUGUUGUGGAGACUUUGUUAAGAUUAAAAGCCAACAUUGACGCACUGACACAAAACAACUGGACAGCUCUUCACACAAGUGCUUACAAAGGUCACUGCGAUAUUGUUAAGCUACUACUUGAUGAGGGUGCAAAUGCUAACGCUGUUGAAAUAGAUAAAUCAACGCCGCUUCAUUUGGCAUGUGAAAACGGGCACAAAGAGGUUGUUGAGGCACUGAUCAGGCGAGGUGCCAACAUUGAAGCAUUGACACAAAAUAAAUGGACAGCUCUUCAUAAAAGUGCUUCCAAAGGUCACUGUGAUAUUGCUGAAUUAUUGCUUAACAGAGGUGCUAACGUAAAUGCGGUUGAUGUAGAUAAAUGGACACCGCUUCAUUGGGCUUGCCAGAAUGGCCACACAAAUGUUGUGGAUA